CAGGCCGCCUGCGCCGUCGCUUAUGGCAACAGAGGGACGCGCGCGAGCAGGGCGGGGUAUCGCGGGACGUCGGGGCAGCGGCGGCGAGCGGAUGUGGGAUCUGGCAUCCAUGUGGCACCCUAGGGGCAAGCAGAGACCCCAACCCCUCUGAGGAUCCCCCAAUCCAGGAAUGGCUACCCCCACGCCGGGCCCCCCCAGCUCCCUCCUUCUGCCCCUCCCAGCCAUUGUCUUCAUCACUGUGGCCACCUACCUGCUCCUCCUCCUCCUCAUCCUCGCGCUGCGCCACUGCCUGCUGGCCCAUGGACUCUGCGCUGACUGUUGCUGGUGUGAGAAGGGAAUGCUGGGGGGGCCCUGCCACUGCUGCCUGGCCUGCGCCGAGGCGUGCGACUGUGCCCCUCCCUCCCUCAUCCGCUGCCUGGACACCUGUUGUCCCCGACGCCAGGGCUGGGAGCUCAGCACCUGCCCCCCUUUUCCUCGUUGCUGCCCCCUCUGUGACUGUGCCUGUGCCUACCAGCCCCCUGAUUGUCAGAGCAUCAAUUGCAUCUGCUUUGAGGUCAAACUGCUCUGAGGGGAGCCCCGCCAAGAAAAUCAGGGGACUUCCCCAUUAGAGACUCUGACUGGCAUGUACUCACUAAUGCUGGAUUGUGGGGAUCCCCUGCUCCCCAAGUGGGGUGAUCCCUUCCUCAUUUUGUUACACGACCCCCAAUAUUUGUAACUCCAACUUUUAUAAUAAAGCAGCUUUGAGAUA